AUGAUGAAGUACAAUUCACGGGGAUCACAGAAGAUUUACCAUGAAGAUGAAACUGCAUGUGGUCCUCUUUGUCAGCACCCAGCUUGUUGGCAGUCGACAAAUCGACGUAUCAAAAAUAUCCCUCGCAAGUUGGAGAAACUUCCACCACGGGAGGAAAUUGAAACAGAUUUGCCAACAGUUAAGGUGUGUAACAUGCUGGCUGACUAUGGAGAAGAUUCAAGGGAUCACUAUCCCAUGUAUCAUACCAACCAGCCUAACAAUAUGAGAGCUACGUCGGUACCAAACCUACCGUCACAGAUGACCAAGACCAGUACGGGUCUGCGAUUGACAGCCCCUGCCAGCACUCCUGUGAUCAACAAUCUGGAUCCUCGCUCUAAACAGCAGCGGCAGCAAGACCAGUUCAAUCGUCGCAACCUCAAGUAUGUUGAAGUUCAGGAGGUGUUUGACCUUGAGGAUCUUAACAGUACUUGGGACGAUACAUUUAUAGCCAAACAGUACUACGUCUGGGUCCCCAAGGCCAAUAGCAGAACCCCACGCAGUGAAAAAUCAAAUGAUCAACAAUCCUCUAUAAGCCAAAUGAAUGCCACAAAGAAAGUUCUUGUAAAAGACAUGACAGAAGAUAUGAUCCCUCGUCAUUAUGAGUAUGAACGUUACAUGCAGGCCAGAUCUGCUGACAGCUGGCCCGUACUGAAGAAAAAACGUGCUGUGAUGUCACCAACAUACAGUCAGUACAAUCGUCGAACCCCUUACUCAAGCAUUGGUAAUUCUGCUCAUGACAGGACAGCAUUUGAUACGGAUGGAAUUGACGAUUUGCUUGAUCUCCCACGAGACAUUCUGGUGAAAGUAUUGGAUCAUGCCAAACAAAGUGACUUCAUGUCACGAGAUCGUAUCCAUGAGGUUAUAGAACGUUUCUUGCCACCUUAUGACCGUGUGAACACCAACAUGUCAACGGCUAGUUCUGACCUUCUGCAGCAGAAGAAGAUGAACCUACAUAUAUCUAAGGCCCGGCAUCUUCGUCAAGCCCACCUGAUGGAAACAAAGCCUGUGUUUUACCUGGAUGAUGAGGAGGAUAAUAUACAGGAAGAGGAGGAAGAAGAAGAAGAGGAAGGUCAAGUCACAGGACGUGUGACCGACACACAACGUACCAACGAAAGGCGAUUUGAUAGUGAUUAUGGGUCCUUCCGUGACUUCUAUUUUGGGGGCAUGAAAGAUUUUCCAAGAUUUCGGAAGCCUCUACCAGCUAUUGGAGCAGACACUCCAGUCAAGAUUCCAUCCAUUUCCCUUGGCCUACCAGAGCUACCAUUGGGUCUACGUAAAACACGUACCUUUACCUAUAACAAGAGAAAUUACAGAGAUGUAGACUUCACACUUGCUCCCAUGCCCUUGCCACCUGGGAGUCUACGGGAAUCUGCAGAACUCCAAGAACAGUCUGAACACAAUUCACCCUCACAGGUCAACAUUCAGUCCCCGUCCACACCGAAAGCUCCCCUGGAAAUACCAGUCGUAUCCCAGGAGGAGAGGAAGGUGGCUGCUGAAGCUGUUCAGUCCCCAACACGAUCUGCAACUGGAAUGUCUGGGACACCUUUGCAUGCUGUCUCACCGGCAGUGAGUACUAAAGUGCCACAGGCCCCAGCCACCACUCCUGCGGCGGCUCACUCUCCCUCCAAGGCCUUCUUUAGGGAGCCUUCAGCCCCUCCACCGACAGCAGAGGGUACUCAAGCAGAUCUGAUGAUCUCACGGACAAGCACGCUCUCUCCCACACAGAACAUCAGGGCACCUAUGAAUUCCCCACGGGAAACUUCACCAGAGCGAACUCGGACAGGAAGGAUUUUUGGUUUGGGUCUUGAUACUAUUGAAGAGAAGAAACACGAGGAGACAGCCGAGAAUGGGGCAGGUGUUUCACGUAGUCGCAGUGUUCAUUUUACUGCAAAUGAGGUUCCUGAAAUCCCACCUCCUCCAUCCUCUCCGCAAGAGGAAGAUGAUCGAUCAGAUUUGACAACACCACUGGCCACGCCAGUUGUCAAGGAUCGGGCAGGUCAUGUCACUGUUCUUACAAACCAGAACACUGUAAACACUCGAGAGCCUACCCUCACCUCGUUCGACCUUCAAGUUCCAGCAGAUAGGAAACGGGAGUCGACCAUGGGGUCCACACCCGAACCCUGGCCAGCAGUCAAUGAAGCAGACUUUGAUGUCACACCGUCUUCAACUAAGCUGGCUUUACACAGUGAACAUACUAAAAAUGGUGUGGCCAAUGACUCCAGGAUGGCUGUGGUAGACCCAAUGUCUGAUCGUUCCUCAAUGCAUAAUGGACGAAAGUCUGAAGAAAUUAGCAGUAAUUCAAGUGCAGCUAACACAAAACAGGAUGAUAUGAAGAAGGCAGAAUCUCCAGGUCCGCCUCCUCCAUCCCCUGAAGCAAAGGACAAAAGCAGGAAUGCUUAUGACAUUCCGAAGUCUGGGGGACGCAGGCGUGACAUUUUGUCCCGGGAGUCCCUCACGAUGACACCUUUAAUGGAGGGUGAUGAGGAAGGGGAAAUAAUUCUCAAUCAGGGACAUGUUAAGACGAUUGUAGUGUCUGUGCCUCCUCUUGGAACAGCUGGAAAACCAAGGAACAAGAAUAACCGCACUGUUGAUACAUUUGUAAGCAUAGACAUACCAGCUGUUUCUGUGAACCUGGCUGAAGAUGAUAAUGAAAUGGCAAAACAGGUAGGUCGCACUCAUGGACUGGAAACAACUGUUGAAGAAUCACAGGAAGAUAUUGAAUCUGUUACACAGACCCUCAACACCAGAGAGGUUCCAUUGUCUGCCAUGAGCUCUAUGGUAGAUCCAUCUAUUGAUGGCCAAGAUUCCAUGUCGGACAUGAUGUCUGCUGGGGUAGCCCCAUCCCAGGCAGGAAAUGUAUCACCGACCUCUACAGUUCCAGAUAAAGGACAAAACAUCGAUCUGAAAAUUUUCAUAAAUGGAGACCAAGAAAAGGACCACAAUGGUAAGAUCACAGAGCGAUCGGAAACAAAGGGUGACGAGGAUAUAACGGAGAACGGAGGCGAUCACGAGGGAUUUAAACAAGAGCUUAGAGAGGAGUUAGAGAAGCUGCAGAAAGUUCAGGGAGGAAACGACGUACAAGGUGAACAGGUCAAGGCACCAAAUGCCGAACAGGAGGAGACUGGGCAGAUGCAAGAGCAGACAUCUGUAGAGGACUCAAAACGUGAGGAUGAUGAGGAAUCAAGACCAGUCCCAGAGGGGGCAAUUGAUUCAAAACAUGAGGGACAGGGGCAAUCAGAGAUUCAGAUUGAGGUGUCAGAAGAGAAAUCGCCAAAUGAUGUAAAAGAGCAGAUUUCUUCAUCGGUAAGCCAAGGAGAGUGAAUAAAAACAUUAAAAUGCAUCAGACAAUCACUGACAGGAAGAUUAGUGAACCGUGGAACCAACAAAAAGGGAACGUUUAUCCUACUGACUUUACGGUAGCUAGUGACCACAUAACAGGGCGUCAGUGAGCGAGUUGAUACACUGCUUAGCCUGUGUAUUACUCUUGGUUAGUUAUAUAUAUACAGAACAAAAUCAAUUGGGUAUGAGGCCUACGUUUUUGUAUUACAUAUAUGUAUAUAUAUUACAUAUAUGAAAUAAUUUCUGAUG